AUGUUCCACACCUUCGCGGUUGCCACCUUUGACUGAUCCACCAAUUAUUAAUUUCAACAAGAUGCUCUCUCUUAACAAAGACAGGCUCGAGGGUUGGUAGCUCAAAGGUAACCCAGGGUUGGUGGGCAAGAACAACUCCAUUUCCAAAAUCCAUAUAUACAGAUUACAUAUCCAUCGACCACUAACCCCAGUCAUCAACAAGAUAGAUCAAGAAAACCUGUCAAGAACUACAAUGGCAGUUAACAUCAGAGAAACUACUAUAAUCCAUCCUUCUGCUACCCCCUUCUCUGAAGACCAUACUCUCCCUCUCUCUCACCUCGAUACCGAUCGUAACAUGAAUGUUACUUUCCGUUACCUUCGCGUUUAUGUGAACAAUAACAGCACUGCCACCAACACUACCCACCCUUUCAAUGUCAUCGCCACCGCCCUUUCCUCCGCUCUAGUCCACUACUACCCUCUCGCCGGCACUCUCCGCCGUAGCGAUAAAGAUAACCGUCUUGAGGUGUUUUGCUCCAGAGACCAAGGUGUGCCUCUUAUUAAUGCAACGGUUAACUGCACGUUAGAAACACUCAACUACUUUGAUGACCCGGAUUAUGAUUUCGUGGAGCGGUUGGUACCCGACCCGAGUUUGGAUGAAGGGAUGAUUAAUCCAUGUGUGCUUCAAGUUACGCUGUUCGAGUGUGGUGGGUUUACUUUAGGUGCUGCAAUUCGUCAUGUGGUGUGUGACGGGCUUGGGGCUACGCAGUUUUUCAAUGCUAUGGCAGAGUUGGCUCGCGGCGCGGAUCGGAUUUCGGUUGAGCCGGUCUGGGAUAGGGUGAAUUUGUUGAGUCCGAGAGACCCGCCCCGGUUUGAUGGACCGGUGAGUGAGUUUCUGGGUUUGGAGAAAGGGUAUGAGCCGUAUGGCCAGACGGUUGGUAAGGUAGUUAGGGAAUGUUUUAAUGUGAAGGAUGAGUGGCUGGAUGGAUUCAAGAAUUUGCUGCUUCAAAAGAGUGGCUAUAAUUUUACCACGUUUGAGGCUUUGGGUGCAUUCCUAUGGCGAGCGAAAGUUAAAGCCACAGGAGUUCCUCGUGAUGAGAUAGUGAAGUUCACAUAUGCAAUGAACAUAAGGAGACUGGUAAAACCACCGUUGCCGCUUGGCUACUGGGGAAAUGGCUGUGUUCCAAUGUAUGCACAGCUUCUUGCCAAAGAGCUACUAGAGCAACCCAUUUGGAAAACAGCUGAGGUGAUUAAGAAGAGUAAAAUCAAUGCCACCGAUGAUUAUGUGCAUUCUUUUAUCGACUUCCAAGCAGUACAUUAUGCGGAUGGCAUUACAGCAGGAAAUAGAGUGAGUGGAUUCACAGAUUGGAGACACUUGGGCCAUUCAACUGUGGAUUUUGGGUGGGGAGGUCCAGUUACUGUCUUGCCUCUUUCAAGACAUUUAGUUGGAAGUGUGGAGCCUUGCUUUUUCUUGCCUUACUCAUCGGCAAAUGCAGGCAAGAAAGAUGGGUUCAAGGUGCUAGUCACUUUGCAAGAAUUUGCUGUGCCUGCUUUCAAGAAAGAGAUGGAGAAGUUUAACAACCAAGACUUUGAAUAGACAUGCAAAUAGCCUCUUUACUGUUAUUCCUUUUUGUAAUUUAAGCAAACACUUGCCGCUUCACCACCUCAUGGUUUGCUGAAUCUGUGAAAUUCACAGGCAAAAAUAAAGAGAAAGUGGGCUGAGGACUAAAUAGCACUAGCGGGCCUCUGCUUUACCAUCUGAGUUCCUGAUGUCGUUGAAACUGUAAAAAUUAAAUUUGGACCGACAUUUAUGAAAGGCUCCAUGGUGAUUUUUUUUUCUUGCCA